AUGGGCGCGAGCCACGGCGUCGAGCCGCGCGCGCGCGCCAUCGCCGUCGACGGCCUCCUGUCGCUGGCGACCUACGAGGCGAACAAGGUCCCGCUCUGGGGCCACGCGCGCGGGCGGUCCGCGCUCUACGGCACGGCCUUCGGGGGUUUAGCGCCGCCGCUGCGCGAGUCCGCGCGGCGGCGCCUCGCGGCGCUCCUCGCGGGCGACGACGUGCUCGCGCGGCUCGGCGCGCUGACGGGGCCCUGCGUCGAGGAGACGGCGUCGGGCGACGCGCUCCGCGACGCGCUGGACCUCGUCGCCAUGGGCGGCCUCGUCGGCCGCGACGCGCGGUGCCGCGGCGGCGCCGUCGACGCGCUCUGCGCGCUCGCGCGGGGCCCCGCGGCCCUCCGGCGGCGCUGCUGGCUCCACGCGGGCGUGCGCGCCGUGCUCGUUUUAGCCGUCGACGCGCCCGCGGGGGGCACGCGGUCCGCGGCGCUCGGCGCCAUCCAGCGCGCCAUCGCGCUGCUCCUCACGCACCCGCGGAACCAGCUCGAGAUCUACCGCCAGGAGGACUUCGUCCGCGUCCUCGCGUCCGACGACGUCUUCUCCGUCUUCGCGCCGCCGCCGAAGCCGCGGCCCUGGCAGCUCGUCGUCCGCGACGGCCUCCGCGGCCUCGAGGACGACGCGCGCGACCGCGACGCGCGCGCCGCGGCGGCCGAGGCCGCGCGCCGGGCCGACGCGCGCGCGGCGGCGCUCGCGGCCGCGGAGGCCAUGCGGGCCCUGCGGCGCCGCGAGGGCCGCCGCGCGGGGCUGGCGCCGGACCCGGCGGCGGCGGCCGCCGCCGCGACGACCGCCGAGGCCCGCGCGGCCGCGGCGCUCGACGCCGCGCGCGCCGCGGAGCGGCGCGCGGACGAGCUCGACGCCGACGCCGCGCGCCGCGCGGCCGACGACGCGCGCGCGCUCCUCAUGCACCUCGCGCGCAAGGGCCGGCCGAUCGACCCCGUCCUCCGCGACGGCCGCGCCGCGCGGAUCGAGGCGAGCGCCGGCGACCUCAAGCGCGCGCGCGCCCAGGCCGGGAAGCUCGUCCGCCGCCGCGAACGGGCCGCCGCGCGCAAGGCCCUCGCCGCCGCGCGGCCGCCGGACGCCGACGCGCCGCGCUACCUCCCGCCGCGGGACUAA